AAAAAAAACUUGUUUUUAUCGUUGUAGGAACAAGAGAAUAAAAGUUGGUUAUUUUUAACGUGAAACGUGUAGGGAAGUGUUCCUUUUCCUUCAUUCAAAAGUUGAAGAUAUGAAUAAGAUCUGAAAAAAUAACGAUAGCGUUCAUUUCCUUCAUUCACAAAGCAGACGAUUUUUUUCGCUUAUUGAUUGUGUGUUAGUUUCAUGCUUUCCAUUUUUUGCGCAACAUAAUUUUAUGUUCUGCGUCCCGGAGCAUUGUUUUAAAUUUAUUUGAAUAAUAACAGCAGGAAAGUGUGUUUAGCGCUCAUCAUUUCUGUGAAUUGAGCAACACGAAACAACCUGUGAUUCACUUCAUCUGAAAUAUUUAUGCAGGAGAUCGUGCAUGUCGGACCCAAAAUUAGAAAUAGCAUAUUUUUCCUGGCACGCUUCUCGUAGACGAUCACGUGCGUUUAUGGGUACUAUCGUUUGCCACUCGUCAUUGGUCACGAAGUUUCGGUGACGAAUUUCGCUUCGAUAAGCAGAAUUGCACUUUUGUGGGGUGGCGAAAACAAGUCCGUUAGUUUGUGAACAGAACGGUGGGGGUGUCGCUUGAACUUAGCAGACCCUCUAGAGAAAACAAGGGGAGGAUAUCGAAGGAAAAGAAAAUCAGACGACUUCUCGCUAUCGUCUUAGAACAUCCGGCCAUCUGCGCGACACUUCGAAGACCGGAUUUGUGCUGGUAAAAUCGCAAAAUCUUCUGAUAUACAUGCAUUUGGAGAAUUGGAUAGAUUAUGUGCAGUUUCAACAGGUGCGGGAGUACUUGAAGGCGAUGCCCCACGUGAGAUAUUAUUAGUGACUUAUACACCCUUCUGUAAAUUUUCGUUCCCAUAAUGGGAAAUAGUGCCACUACUGUAUCGCUGCAAGACAGCACUGAAAAUGGACAUGGACAUAAAAAACGAGUCAAAGGAAAGACGAAGUGUGAUCUCCUCACGCAUGGUGCUCUGGAUCAACAGAAAAAGAAAGGAGCCAAAAAAACGGGUAUGAUUCCGGAACCAGACUAUGGCGACUCCAAGGAGUGCGAGGGCAAGCGGAACUCCCGGGUGUGCUCCACCAAUGGGCUGCGUUUCUCUGAGGAUGGACUAGUCAUCCCAAAGAAGCCCCAGAACCCCUGCCUCGAGUCUUCCGAGAGACAGAACCUGCACCGAGAGCUGCUCUUCAAUCAAAAGAUAGGCAAGAGUGUGAUUGGCCAGAAGACCGAACUCCACAAAGCUUUCGACAAACUUCGUGAGGACCAAAAGAAAAAAGAGCUGGAAGAAGAAAAAUUACAGAAGAAAACCGCUCUGGAGAAGAAACUGGAAGAGCAGGCCAAUAAGUUGAAACAACAAGAAGAAAUAGAGACUAAAAAGAUUGAAGAGCCUGACCAACCCGAAUUCUUGCGGGUCCACGCCAGAGUUUGUGCCCAGACUGUGGAUUCUAAGUCAUAGCAAGAUGUGAUUCCCUUGUUGUAAUUUCUUUUGUACAUAGUGACCAGUAUAUUGAGAAGCCUGAGGCAUCUGAACUUUCUUUUAGACUCGGAUGUGAAAGAUAAUGACAUUUUUCAGUUUGAUUUAAUGUGUCAUUUAAAGAAUCUUAAAUGGAUGCACACGCGAUUACUUGGAGAUAUACGAAAGGAACCUCAGCCCUCAAUUUUUUUCAUACUGCAUUGGAAAGGAAAUGUAUGCCUACGUGAUCUGUAAAACACUUAGUCUGUAUGUCGCAUGUUUUUACUGAGUAAUUUCACACAAUUUGCAUGAUACACUAGUUCCGACGUAAUAAUGCUGAAAAAAUCACUGUAAGAAAUGGAAAUUCUGCAGAAGUGGCCAGUUUGUAAUAUUAAAAUCUGGUUUCUUUCACUUACAUUUUUUUUUCAUCUUAUUUUGCUUAUAUCCUUUUAAAUAUGAUCUUAUAAACUAGUAUCAUUUGAUGUGUUCAACAGCUCUUGGAUACCAUGUCUAUUCAACAUCCUUCAUCCAACCGAAAUGUAUAUCAGAAGUUUGUACGACUUGGAUAUGUAAAACUUCAAUAUGCAUUUUUUUUUUAAAUAUUUCAUGAGAUAUAUGUAACAGCUUAGUUGGUGUACUUUUGGAAGCAAAUAAUAUGGCUGUAUGUGCUUUGUGAUUCCAAAACUUCCUCAUAGGAUAAUAUUUAUAUACAGUUGUGCAAUCAGGAACCAAUUACCAGUUUAUGGAUUCCAGAUUCCUUAUUAAAAACUGCGUCCUGUAAAAUUAAGUCAACUCGUAUCCGCUACAUGAUAGACUUUUAGUAAUUUACGGAAUAAACAGCUUUGGAAUUUGCUCUAUUUUUUUUAAAGAAAAAAACUUGGAAUGAGCUCUUUUUUGGAAAAAUGCUGCAUAUUUAAUUUAAGCUCUAAUGUUUGAAAAUGUCCUUUUGGAAUUGGUAUUUUAUUGCAUAACUGUAACCAUCUGAGCUUUUGCUAUGCUCCAAAUCAAAUGUUGGUGUGGGGACAAUCAUCUCUUGUGCUUUACGAAUAAAAAUAAUGCAUUUAAAUCCGAAAUGUCAUGCUUAUUUGUUAACUUUAGAUGUGGCAUAUAGAUUAUUUUUAAAUUGAAUUUGAAACAUUAUGUAUAUAUAUAUAUAUUUUCUUUCUUUAAUAGAUGUCAAUACUGAAGCUUUUGGUCAAAUAUACAGGAAUAUUUUUGAUGUGUGAUAUAAUUUCAAAAUUUUUACUGCUUAUAAAUUAUAUAUAUAAAUAUAUCUAAAAUACUGAAUCCUUCUGGUUCCUAUUCUAUAUCUUAAAAGUAGUGAUGCCAACAGCCUUUCAAAAUAUCAGUCAACUUGAAGUGCAUCUUAAUGAUAGAAAAUCAAAUGAGAACAUUAUUUUUUGGAAAUAUUAUUGGUAGGCAACACUUUUAUAUUCUUUCCUUACUCAAAAUAGUGGAAGAAUAUUUUAGAAAAUUAUCAUGCUUUUAUAGCAUGUGCAUUAGACAGAAAAUUUUAGAUAUAGAUUUUCAAUAGUUUUAAAUUUUUAUGAUAAAUUAUUUUACUCUUAUUGGACUUUUAUACUUUUGUUUGAAGGCUUAAUUUUCUUUUUAAUCUCGGCAUUUUUUAAAUUCUGAAAUAUCUUCAUUUUAUGAUAUCUAAUUAUGAAAAAAAUCUUUGACUUGUUUAUUCAUGAAUAUAUAUUUGAAUUAUUUCAUAGUUCGAUUUUCAAAAGAAACUUGAACCUAAGUUUUAUUAAAUAAGUACCUUUAAACUCAAUCUUGCUGUACAUUUUUGACUCAAAUAUGUAUACUGAACAGUGUGUCAUCACUUAAUUUUGGAAAAAAAAAAUCAAAUUAAUUUAUAUUGAAGACAUAAAAUUUUGAAGGUGAAAUUCAACGGUGCUCUUUAUUUAUGAGUGGUAUAUUUAAAAUAUAUAAAAAAAAAUUGAACUGUCUAAAGUGUCCUUGAAUGACAAAAGCUUUCUUUGCUAUGUAAAGUGUAUGGUGUAAAUAAAUGUUUGUUGUUAAAAUUACAAUAAUGUCCCUCUGCUUAUUAAUAUAUAUAUCAUAAUAAAAUGAUUUGAACAAUUUGUGCAUUUUGAUGCCUAUCGUCUCCAAAUACAAAGUUUCUCUUUUGAAAAUGAGUGCAUCCAUUAUUCAUAAGUGGUUGGGUCAAAUCCAUAAGCCUCUAAUUAAAAAUGUUUUCCUUCUCUCCAAAGUUGCACUUUGUACUGAUUUGUAUUUUGAUAUAUUGUGAAUUUUAUGAGGUCGAUUUUCGGAAAACAAAAAUUUUUCUUUCCAUGAGGUGAUACAAUGUUUUUGUGUUCAAUACUUCAAAAAGUAUAAUAUUGCACUGUAUAUUCAGGUGGUCUAGUGUCCAUGUGUCUGUAAAUUAUUUUGAUGCCUGUUAGAUAAAAAUAUAUAUUUGUGGUAAAUAUUUUAAAUGUAAAUGUAUUUUCAUUAUGAAUUAUGUAUUGUAUUCCAUUUGAUGUAGCAUAAAAAUUAGAAAUAAAUUCACUCUAACAUUG